AUGGUUGACCGGAAGCGGCACCGCAGUGCCGAGGCAAGUGAUGAGAAGGCACCAAAGAAAAUAAAAGUUGAAGAUGAAGAGUUCGAGGCAAUUAAGAAAGAGGAAGAAGAAGAAGAAAUGGAGGAUGAAGUGGAAGAUGAAGAAGACGACGAAGACGACGAAGAUGAAGAAGACGACGAAGUAGAAAAAGAACUCCAAAGGAAUGAAGAAGAUGAUGAAGUUGAAGAUGAUGAAGAUGAAGAAGAACAAGAUCAGGAUGGGAACCAAGAAAUAGAGAAAGUGACAAAGGACAUAAACGGUAAUGUCAAAGAAGAACGAAAAAAGGGUGAUAAUGAACAGCAGGCACAGGAACCAGAACAAGAAGAAGAAGAAGAAGAAGAAGAAGAAGAAGACGAUGAUGAUGACGACGACGACGACGAAACUGAAGAAGAACGUAAGCGAACGUCAACAUUCAACUUUGAUGGAGUCCCAUAUACUUUCAAAGAACGUCCAUCGGUAAUUGAGGAACGAGAUGGUAAGAUUGAGUUCCGAGUGGUGAAUAAUGAUAAUACUAGGGAAAGCAUGAUAGUACUAACAGGGUUAAAAAACAUUUUCCAAAAGCAAUUGCCCAAAAUGCCUAGGGAAUAUAUUGCUCGAUUAGUUUAUGAUCGUUCGCAUUUACUGAUGGCAGUGGUAAGAAAACCAUUAACAGUUGUUGGUGGUAUUACUUAUCGACCAUUUAAUAGUAGAGGAUUUGCUGAGAUAGUUUUCUGUGCUAUUUCUUCAACAGAACAAGUUCGAGGAUAUGGUGCACAUCUUAUGAACCAUUUAAAGGAUUAUGUUCGAACUACAUCACCUAUAAUGUAUUUUUUGACAUAUGCAGAUAAUUAUGCCAUUGGGUAUUUCAAAAAGCAAGGUUUCACCAAAGAGAUCACUUUGGAAAAGGAAAGAUGGAUGGGAUAUAUCAAGGAUUAUGAAGGGGGUACAUUAAUGCAAUGCAGUAUGCUUCCACAUAUUCUACGGUAUUUGGAUCUGGGAAAGACAUUAUUACUUCAAAGGGCAGCCAUUGAACGAAUGAUCAAUGCUCGUUCUAAUUCUCAUAUUGUUCGACCUGGGUUGGAAAUUUUCAAAACUAACAAAAAUGUUACCCUUAAACCUGAAGAGAUCCCCGGACUAAUGGAAGCUGGAUGGCUGGAAGAAAUGGAUAAAUUGGCUCAAAAACCUAAAAGAGGUCCACAUUAUAAUUUCAUGGUAACCUUACUUUCUGAACUACAAAAUCAUCCAUCUGCAUGGCCAUUUGCAGUUCCUGUUAAUAAAGAAGAAGUUGGAGAUUACUAUGAAGUAAUUUCCGAACCAAUGGACUUAUCAACCAUGGAACUGAAAUUAGAAAAUGAUAAAUACGAAUCUUUUGAUCAGUUCCUUUACGAUGCUAGAUUAAUCUUUAAGAAUUGUCGGUCUUACAAUGCCGAAUCCACCACUUAUUUCAAGAACGCCACUAAAUUGGAGAAGUUCUUGAACAAUAAAGUCAAAGACAAUCCUGAGUAUGCCCAGUAUCUUGAUUAA